AGGGAUUGGAAGAGUGGUGUUUUUUUUCGAUUUGGUUAACGUGCGAGAGUUGUUUAAGAAAGAGACGGUUCUUCCUUAGGUUCCCCAUUUCUAAUUCCUCUCUUCCUACCUUGCAAGAGAUUAAAGCAUCUGUUUUUGAGAUAAAAGCGUAUUUAUUAUCUUCCAGUGUUAUCAAAGCUAUAUGCUGUGUUUAUGCUCUGAAAUAAGAUAUUUUAUUUGAAAAAAAAAAAUGAGAUCUUUAGAGAGCACAUAAUAUAAAAACCCAAAAAAUCAAAGGGAGAAGAGAAAGAGUUUCAGUGGAAAGCCAUUUAUGAAUGUAUCAUCGAAGGAAGGAGAUGGGUAUUUGAGGGGAGAGAGAGAGAGAGAGAGGGGGGGGCCUCGUCUAUGCUCCAUUAGGGCAGAAAGAGAUUACACAAGAUGCUGUGGAGGGUGAAAACCUUCUUUCUUUCUUUCUUGCUAUCUCUAUUACCUCCUUUUUUCCAACAAAAACAAGACUCGUACCCACUGUGAACAAACUCAAACUGAAUACUAGCUGCUUUCUCGAUUCGUUUGGGGGGAGAGAGAAAUAAUGUGGGAUCUAAACGACUCGCCCGAUGAUCAGAAAAGGGACGAUGAUUUGUCCGAGGGUUGCUCCUCGCCAGUCGACGGCGACGACGACAAGGGAAAGCAAGUCGGAUCCGUCUCGAAUUCCAGCUCCUCGGCGGUGGCCUUCGAGGAGGGCUCCGAGGAAGACGACGGCGAAAGAGGAGUGAAGAAGCGGCGGAGCAAGAUAUUCGGCUUCUCGGUGACGCACUUCUCGCCGGAGAGCGAUCCGCCGGUCACCCGACAGUUCUUCCCGGUGGAGGACUCCGAAAUGGGGACCACGACUGGGAUCAGUGGCGGUGGCGCCGCUAAUUUCCCCAGGGCUCACUGGGUCGGGGUUAAAUUCUGCCAGCUGGAGCCUCUCAACGGCGGCGCCGGCGCCGGAAAAUCUAUCGAGCUCGCGCAGCCUCUGAAGAAGAGCCGCCGCGGCCCGAGGUCCAGAAGCUCGCAGUAUCGAGGCGUUACCUUUUACCGGCGGACCGGCCGGUGGGAAUCACAUAUCUGGGAUUGUGGGAAACAAGUUUAUCUGGGUGGAUUUGACACUGCCCAUGCUGCAGCACGUGCUUAUGAUAGGGCAGCCAUCAAGUUUCGUGGAGUAGAAGCAGACAUAAAUUUCAGCCUCCAAGAUUAUGAAGAUGAUUUGAAACAGAUGAGUAACUUAACCAAGGAGGAGUUUGUGCAUGUACUGAGGCGACAAAGUACUGGGUUCCCAAGAGGAAGCUCCAAAUAUAGAGGUGUAACCUUGCACAAAUGUGGAAGAUGGGAAGCCAGAAUGGGGCAGUUCUUGGGCAAAAAGUAUGUGUAUUUGGGCCUCUUUGAUACUGAAAUUGAAGCUGCCAGGGCUUAUGAUAAAGCUGCAAUCAAGUGCAAUGGCAAGGAGGCUGUCACCAACUUUGAUCCUAGCCUAUACGAAGACGAGCUUUCUGCCGAAUGUUCUGGCAAUGCCCCGGACCGGAAUUUGGAUCUGAGCUUGGGGAAUUCGGCAGCUUCAUCUUCCAAACAAAGCAGCCGGGAAAUGUUGGGCGAUGGCCACACUGCUGUGCCACUUGAACUCAAUUGGCGUGGCCGGGGAUUUAGGCCCGAGCUUAACAGAAAUGGCAGUGAGGCCAAUGCAAGAGAUGGGUACAAUGAGACUGAGACCUUGCAGCUUCUGAGCGAAACUCACAUUCAAUCGCCCAGUGAAAUUCACAGACAUGGCGUGUUGCAACUCGGCUCAUCGAACAACGUCCAAAUUCAUAAUCAGGCGAGCCCAAGCAGCAGCAGCAAUAGAAGUGGAAUUGGAGGCAAAGGAGGAGAGCUUUCUCUCUCAAUUAGAGGCGACCAGUGGCAACAACAGCUCAUCAAUUCUUCCCAAUUGUAUGCAACUGCUGCUGCAGCAUCAUCAGGAUUCCCACAGCAGAUGACAAGACCCCAACAAAAUUGGCUCCAUCAAAAUGGCUUCACCUCUCUGAUGAGACCUUCCUAACUUUUUUUUCGUUUUUGGGGGUUCAAUAUAUUUGUUUUCUGUCUUUUCACAUUCCAUCUUAUUAUAUAUAUAUAUAUAUGAUCAAUACAUCAAGGCCUUGAUUCUA